AUGCCAUUAAAACGAGGAGUGAAUGAUUUUAACAAAUGUUACGUGUUUGCAUUAACAUUAUUAGAAGUUUUAGGAAAAACACACAUGUCUGUUCACGAAAAUAAUCAUGAUUAUUUACAAGCAAACAGUAAUGAUGUAAAGUUCAUAGGAGUUCAUGAAGGUUUACAAGUUUUUAUGCACAAAGAUAUUGCAUCGACAAAUAUGAGAAUAUCACCUGUGCAUGAAGAUUUGAAAAAUACAGAUAUGUUUUCAUCAUCAACAUAUUUAAAAUUUGUUCCUCCAAGAUUAGAUUUUAAAGAGAGACAUUUAGGAGUACCUCACCUUGAAAAAGUCACUUUAGUUAACACAGAUGAGAACAAAACUAUUCACAUGUCAUCUGUAUCUGGAAACACACUUCAUUUUCAUAGCUCAUUUUUUCAGGACAAAACAAUACCACCCAAAGGAAAUACAACUUUUGCAGUGGUAUUUUUGGGGCGUACAGAAGGUCAUGUUUCAAGCAGUUUGUUCAUUCAUACAUCUGAAGGAACUUUCAAAUAUCAAGUAUCGGGGGCAAGCGUUUGCAGUCCUUACAGAUUAAGGCCCUUGGGUGGAGUUAGGCUACCUUUGAAUGCUGCUUUUCAGCCUCUCAUUCAACUUCACAAUCCUCAUGAUUAUCCUAUUCAGGUUGUUGAAGUUUAUAGCAGCGGAAGUGAAUUUCAUCUUGAAUUACCCGGAGGUGAAUUGGAGGGACCAAAAGCUCUGUGGGAAGUACCACCAUACACGACAAAACCUGUAAUAAGAGCUAAAUUUCAAGCGAAUUCGCAGAGUAACCACACAGCUUACAUUAGGUUAAAAUUAAAUAAUAGCGAAGAAGUUUUGGUUGUUCCUCUGGAAGUAGAAGUUACUUCACAGCCCGGAUUGUAUUCUCAACAACAUUCCAUUGAUUUUGGAAUUGGAGGAUCUCAAGACAAACCUAAAAAAGUAAUAUUGUAUCUAUGUAACAGUUUAAAGAAAACUCAAAGGAUACAAAGCGUUACGACUCUUCCUGCUAUAUCCCCAUUAAAAAUUAAUUUCGAAACGGCCAAAAUUCCUCCGGGAACUUCGCCUGUUGAAGUCGCCGAACUUGUGUUUGAUUGGAAAACAGCAUUUGAAACGAAGCAAACGUCUGGUAAAAUUUUAAUUAAAAGCAAGCAAAGCCCUUAUAAACUCGGUAUUCCGUUCACUGCCAAAGUUUUAGAAGGAGGUUUAAAGGUUAAUGAUGGUGCUACCAGGUUUUUAACUACUGACGGAAGGUCGUUUCCAAGACAAUUGACCGUUGAAAAUCAAUUUAAAGUUCCAAUUGCCAUAAAUAAUGUUAGUCUGUUAGAGGAUGCUAAAAGUUUUUUUUCGAUUCAAAAUUUUAAACUGGCAGUUAUUCCACCUCAAAAAUCAAUCAAUUUAUUAACGAUAUAUCCGAAAGAUAAUAUUUUAAGAGAUUUGAAAUUGGAAUCCGGUUUAAUAUUAUCUACAAAUAUUUCAGAUGUUACAGUUUCACUUUUAAUUUAUAACGGAAAGUUAACUAAAAUUUUUCCUCGCGGUUACGACGAUCUAGAGCUUUUAGAUAUCGGUCUUGUGGGAUGUGGAAGCACAAAAACGAUUCGAUUCGGUUUGCAAAACAACAAUCCUGUUGUAAUUGAAAUCAAAUCGGUUGAAUCCAAUUCGCCCUUUGUAAGACCACAAAUUCUGGGAUUGUAUAAUAAAAACGCUUCGGAAUUUUUAAGCCAAUACGGUUUUGCCAACUUAACGAAUAGUACAAAUUUAAAACCAAACGGCAUAGUCGUCGUAGAACUUGUUAUUCAAGCAUCAAAAAAUGAAGAAAUAAUGACAGCUCAAGUGUCGAUAACAAGCCAAUAUGAAAAAUUAAUUAUUCCCGUGAAGGUAUCCGUGGCUCAUGGAGCUUUGGAAAUUAUUCCGAAUCAAAUUUUAUUGGAUGAUUGCUUUCCAGGCAAAAUUUGUAUUCAACCCCUUAAAAUUCAGUCUACGUUUAAUAGGCCCAUGACGGCAACUUCCAUAACGAGCGUACCUCCGGAUAUUCGAAUGAGUUUUACCGGUGCUCCCGGAGGAUCGGAAAUAUUACCCAGUUGUAGUAAUUACAUUGGGGAUUUAAAAUGGGAACCCGCGAAAAAUUGUGGAAAUGAUUGUUACUUGGGGAUUUCUCUAAAUUCAUCAGGCAGUAGUUUACAAUGGAUGCAAAGUGAACUUCUUUCCCCUUACAUAAGUGACAUAGAUGCCACUUUGCUACGCGAUAGAUAUCAUCGUUUACUUAAUCUUACCAACGGUUUCGGUUCGGGUCAUUCUCAAGAUAUAUUUUUAAGGCUCGACACGAAUGAAGUUAGAGAAGAAUUAUUUACGGCCAAAGUGAAACUCAUUUGGCCGAAAUUUUCAAAUACGAGCAAACUUAUAUUUCCGCUGACUCAGGUCAUGAAUACAACCAUUCAAAGACUGAAACUAUUCAAUUCUGCUAGUCAUAUGAUAGAAGUACAACUGGUUACGGAGUGGGCGUAUCCACAAGCGAAAAGGCUUUUCGAUUCGUUUCCUCCCAGCUUUAAAUCUCACUUGGAAGGAAAUUGUUUUAAUUCGUCUCCUAAAGAGUUUUACAUUACUCAGGAUUUAACAAUGUCCUCCUCUGGAAAAUUAAAUACGACAUUAGGUCCCGGGGAAACGAUGGAAGUAACAAUCGGAUAUACUCCUCGUAAUGCACAAAAAAGUUGUUCGUUGCUUUUAAUAAGAAACAAUUUGACGGUUGUUGAAGUUAUCGAACUUUUCGGCGAGGCUUCUCAUGCACAGUUAAAAUUUGGUAAUAGAAAACCAGGUUCGAGCAAUCCUUUGAUGUUUGAAAUAUCCGAGAAACAUUUAAAGGAUUGUCAUCGUGAAAAAAGUAAAAAACUUUCAAGCAAUUAUUUGACUGUAAAACGGUCAUUUACGAUAAGAAACGUGGGAGAACUUCCGGUUUUCGUACACAGAUUUUUCAUUAACGGUUUGGAAUGCGAGGGUUACGGUUUUUCAAUAUUAAAUUGUUCGCCGUUCGAAUUGCCGGUGAACGGAACUAGAAAAAUUGACGUCGCUUUCACGCCGGAUUUCACACUGACGAAAAUUCAAAGGACGCUAACAAUAGACACGAGUUUGGGAAUAGACGUUAAUUAUACUCUGAUAACGACGCUUCCGCCAUUUUUUUUAUCGGCGUGUUCGUCCGUUUUAAUGAGACCCGCGUGGGAACCCCUGUUGUAUUAUUCCGCGGUUAGUUUUAUGGUUUUCCUAUUAUUUUGCGUUCUCGCUGCUGCUUUUUUCGAAUCCGAUAGAAUUCUCAAAUGUACAAUGUCGAAUUUGACGCGUGAAAAACCGGCAAUUUCGUUAGAUCUCCGACAAAUCGGUACAAACGUUUUAAAAGAGUUUAAUCAUAAUACUACGACGACGACGACGACGAAAAAAACUACGAAUUAUAAUAAUGUGGAACACGUUGACAAGGGGAAACAACAAAAAGAUACCGUAAAUACCGUUUCGAGUCAUUUGUCAUCGAACGGGGUGUCCGAGGAAAAGAAUUUUUCAAACGUACAAAAAGAUGAUAAGUCUGAUAUUCGAAUUAAAAACGAUGAAGUUUCAACAAUUAUAAAAGAUAAGGAUAGCUCUCUAACCGCUAUAACGAAUAUUGUUCAAUUGAACAAUUCUAUAGCGUCGGCGAAACAUAAAAAAAAAUUUAAUAAAAAAAAUUCAACGGCGGCGGGUACUGCACCAUUGGUGGAAACCAUUCUCGAAAACACGUGCGAAAAUGUCACGAAUAAGAAAAAGGAAAAGAAUUUUGCCAACAGAGCGUGGUGCAGCGUUUUCUCACGUGGAAAUUUCGAAAAAUCAAAAACAAAGUUUAAUAAUAAUAAUAAUAAUAACAAUAACAAUAACAACAAUAACACGUUAGAAACGGAAAAUUUCAAACAGAUACGAAACGAAUUAUUAGAUGUGAAAAAAGACGAGGGUAAAAAAGAAGAUAAAAAAUUGAUGAAAUGUAAAAAGUUAACAUUGAAUAAAGAUUUGAGCAAAGAAGAAGAGGAAACGAGUUCGACGACGACGGAUAGUUCGAACGAUGCGGAAAAGGAAAAUUCGUCGGAUGCCGGAAGUAGUUCGAGAAUGAAAACGGAAAAGAUGAAAAAAAUACAAAAAUUUAGAAAAGUAAUCGAAGAGAAUUACAAUUACGACGAGUUCGAUAAAGAGAAAAAAAACGUUGGGAUGAAACAAUUUUCGAAACCGAACUCGAAAUCGAAAAAAUUUGGAAACGUGACGAGUAAUAAUAAUAAUAGUAAUAAUAAUAAUAAUAAUAAUUUGGGUUUGUGGAAAAUCGGAAGCGUCGAAGGGAGCAAAAAUAAUUUCGAAUAUUCGAAAUACAAAGGAAAUACGAAAAAUUGUAACCGUGAGAAAAAGGAGAAAAAUAUAAAUAAGAAAAGACUGGAUGAAAAAGUUAUACAUGCUAAAACUGCCGAAACAUUAACAAUUCAUCGUAGUUCGCCAUGUUGGGAACAUCGAACUUUUAGCGAAGUCGUAGCAAGAAACGAUAGCCCAAUGCUUUACUCAAAUACGGUAUCGAUUAAAAAUUCGCAACUGCCCAAAUCUCAUCUUCAAAUCGAACCCAUGGAUUCGGAUGCUGCGAAUCCAUGCGAUUCGACAAUAACAUCACUGGGGCCGAUCGGUUCGAAAAAGCCAUUAUCACACUGGUCUCCCCUUUCAUACGAUUCAGCCGUGAAUCCGAGUACUUUAUUUAAUUCAAAUUAUCCCGUCGAGUCGUCGUCUCCUUCGGCUUUUCUCAAUUCGUCCCCACCGGAUUUUACCGACGAGAGAAAUCUCACAAUCGAAGAUUCGCUACAAAUAGAUCCGGAAAAUCUAUGGGAAGAUCAACAUGCAGCGAUGCAACUCAUGCAUCAACAAGAUACAACUUAUCAGCUCUCUUGGAAAGAAAAUUGGAUGGAUAAUUUAUGGUGUACGGAUAGAAGCGUUCAUCAGUCAAACGUGGAAUCAUCAUCUCCCUACGAUACGUAUGCGGAUCAAUCUUGGAAUUCACUUUUGCACACGUCCUGGACACAACAACCAUCACCCUGGAGUCCGAGCGCGGAUAAUAAUAAUAGUAAUAAUACAAAUAUUCAUUCGACGCAAAUUAUUGAGGGAAUGGACAUGACGACGACGGCGACGACGACGACGACGUCGCCGCCGCAGCAGCAGCAUCCGCUUCCGCUUCCGCAUCCGCCACAUCGUUUGUCUAAUUAUAAUCCGUUAACGGAUCACGAAAACCUAAUAAUACAACACGAGUUACCAAACUCAAAUGUUAAUUUAGGUAGUCCGAUGAGUCCGAGUUCGGGAUUAUCGAACCUUAAUUCGUUCAAUCGAACUCCGACGAAUAUUUCUGGAGAAACGAUACCUCGACCGCUGAGUCGGGAAAAUUUAACGGUGAACGGGAUUCAAUUUGAUCCGUUUCAUUCACUAAGCAGCAUUUGGUCACCGAAAACUCAAAACUCUUGGAAUUUUCCUGGAAAUCAGUAA